AUGUCCAGGCCUGAGGAGGAGGAGGCCAGUGCUCCCUGCAAGGCUGCUCUCUUCAGCUGGCAGGCGGCUUUGCAGGAAUCCUGUCAUGAGGGUGCACCAAGCUCACCCUGCCCGCAGGCCUCCCACGUGAAGCAAGGGCUGACGGGAAGCCCAGCCCGUCCUGGCCACCAGCCGCCCUGCACCACAGUGCCCUCUCCUGGGCACGCAGGGGAGGCUCGUCUCAGGCCAGCAGUCGGAGAUCUCACAGGCGUGACUUCGGACACGGCCCGGAGGCUCCUCUUCAGGAGGGUGGCCCGCAGCAGAGGAUCCAGGAGACCUGGGACGGAGGCCUCUGAAAUCCUGAGCCAAAAUGACCUUCGCUCCUCCAAGGUGCUCGGGUCGGGUAUUUUGGUCCCAGUGACGCAGAGCUGGCUAACAGACGAUGCUCUCAGGAGGAGACUGUGUGUGCAUCCUGGUCUCUGGGGUGGAGUCCUGGAUCAGCCGGGAGGUGGCAGGAGCCACAGUCUCCGAGCUCCCAUAGGUGGACGGCCACAGCGUCACCUCUGCAGGCAUGAGGUGCCCGCGGCUCCGGCCGCACCUCCAACAGCAGGCAGAACCAACAACUCCAGAAAUAAGACCGGAGAGGGGGAAAUUGGGCCAAAUAUCCCUUUGAAUCUUUAUGAAGAUGAAGGGGCGGCUGCAGCCUCCCGUGAGAGCCAGAUGGGACUGAGCUGGACUGGGGACUCAGCAACACCCCCUCUCCUCAGCCCAGGCAGCGCUCCGCCCGUGGGACCGACGGCCAGAUGGCCUGCUGGGACAGACCUUUCUGGAGUGGACGGCUCAGAGAGGACGAGGUGCCCCUGCUCCUGUCAGUCCCCUGUGGUUUUCCCCUCUUGGCGUUACAGUCUUCCCGUUGGGAUUGACAAGCAAAAGUGAUUCAUCGAAGUCUCUUUAAAAAUUGUCUCUGCCUUUCCUCUUAUUUAGCAUGUUUUUAAUCUUGGAAGGUUUCAAUGAUAACUUGGCCAAGUUUACCAUUUUUUAAUGUCAUCUCCAUCCUGAGAAGCAGCUACCAUCAUCGUCGUCUCCUAGGUCUUUGAGUGAGUGGUCAGUGCCCCAGGCUCUGGGGACACCUGCCUGUGCAUUGUCACAAGGUCCUGUGAGGAAGCCCCCAGUGUCUGCCCCAGACGGCAGAGAGCUGAAGAACGCACAGGCAGGGGCAGGUGGUCUCUGAACACCACCCGAUGGCCCUGUCGCUCUGGUUAGGAGCAGUGUCUCAGGCCCCGCGGUCCAGAGCCCAGAGCCUGGGAAAUGAAAGCGCCCACUUAUUUGGGCUCCUAAUUGCUAUGCCAGGAAGGGAGAAUGAUACCGCUGAUAAUGUUUUUUGCAGGAAUGAUACAGACUCCAAUUUAGGAAUGAUAAAAAGCUACAGGAGAGGCUGUGACUCAUUUUAAUGCUCUGUUUUGAGAGACAUCAAA